UAAAUCACAAGAGAGUUUAUGCACGAGCAAUUACUUAAGUAUAGGCGUCUAAUAGAUUAAAUUUAAAGUUGAGGGAGGAGGCUACGAAUGUAUUAGGCCUGUGAAUACUCUCCCUAACUUGAACAUAUAAAAACAGCUGUCGUUUUGAACGGAAAAGAACGUCGUUUAGCUAGAUCUUUCCUGUUCCACGGUGAAAAGAAUAUCUUGACGACUUCACCUUAUUCAUUCAACCCAAGUAAACCGACAGACAAACACUCAAAAGAAUUCAGAUUGAAUCAAUCGAAACCAUAAACCAAUUGAAGUAGCAAGAAAAAUUAAUCUUUAAACAGAGAGAUGGCAGAAGAGAGAGAAGAAGCACAGAAGAUAAAGAAAAUGGCGGCGGCUGCAUAUGAUUACGAGAACGACCCAAGAUGGGCUGAUUACUGGUCUAAUAUUCUCAUCCCGCCUCACUUAGCUUCUCGCUCUGAUGUUGUCGAUCACUUCAAGCGCAAGUUCUAUCAGCGUUACAUCGAUCCUGAACUUGUUGUUGAGGCAAUGACAUCAACUGGUUCAUCUCAACCAACAAAAUCGUCUUCAUCUUCAGCAUCAUCAGGGACUUCAAAUGAUCACACUCGGUCACGGAAUACAGGGUCAGCUGCUAGAGCAUCUGGGGCAUCAGCAACUACAGGUCUAAAUGCUAAUCCUACUUCUGUCCGCUGGGAUCGUCAAACUAUACAAUUCUCUGUCAAUGCUUGGGUUUUUGUUGUGGCUGUGCUUGCCAUCAUUCCUCUUGUACCCAGAAAUCUUUCAAAUAGGGCGUAUCGUUUGUCGUUUAUGGGCACAGCAUGUUCAUCUCUGUAUUCCUUGUACACGCUAUAUGGGAGGCCAAGGGCACUGAAUCUGCAGGGUUUGCAAGCUUACUUUCAGUCAAUAAUUGCAACCAAAGAUUUUAUUUACUUUAUCUACUGUCUGACAUUUGUCACUUCACAUCUUUGCCUCAAAUUUGCUUUGAUUCCCAUUUUAUGCCGAGCACUGGAGCAGGUUGCAAAAUUCUUAAGGCACAAUUUCAGUCGUUCCACCUUAUACAGGAAAUACCUUGAAGACCCUUGCGUGUGGGUGGAGUCAAACACAGCUACCCUUAGUAUUCUUUCCUCGCAUGCUGAAAUUGGACUUGGUUUCCUCUUAAUUCUCUCUUUGUUCUCGUGGCAGCGAAACAUUAUACAAACAUUCAUGUACUGGCAGCUUUUGAAGCUUAUGCAUCAUGCGCCUGUCACUGCUGGUUAUCAUCAGAGUGUAUGGGCAAAGGUUGGGAGGAGUGUCAAUCCACUUGUCCACCGGUAUUGCCCAUUCUUGAAUACUCCAAUUUCUGCUGCUCAAAGGUGGUGGUUGAGGUAGAUGGCUAAAGAAGUUAGCGAAUGGAAACCGGUAAAAGAAAAAACAAUAAAUAGAAAUAUUCGAAUUGCAAUUUUAUCUUUUACUGUCACUAUUAACCUUUGGAAGUAACAUCAUCACUAACUUCAGAUGUAUGGCCAAGCAGCUGCCAUAUUGAUAUUUUGGAUUGAUAAAUGCUAUGGUUAAUAUUAUCUGUCUCUUUUCUCACACAGAUAAUAUUGCUGUAUUUAUGUUGCGAUGGAAGCAUCAUGAAAUUUCUUCUGUAUGAUUUCAACUUUGGAUGUCAAAUGGCAAUGCAACUUCCUCUUUGAUAUUA